UGGGUAGUGAUUUAAUUGGCACAGAACGGAUCACACACGUUCAGAUACGCAGCGGCAAAGCAAUUUUCUUUCCAAGAACAUUUCAGAUGCCGUUAUGUUCAGGAAAUAUGAAUGCUGCCACUUGGGCUCAUACAAUGUUUUCGAAGGAACAGACAAGCCUGCCGGCAGGCGUCGCGGGCGUCACCACGUCCAGACGAGGCAUCUACCUCACUCAGCGUCAUCUCCACAGACCGUGGAACCCAACCUUAAGCCAGCACGAGCCCUGCACCAACGCCGUGCUGAAGCUCUUCAUCUCCCGCGACAAGUACCACAUCGCGCCCGGAGGCCCAGCGCUCCAAGGCGCGUACGUCGUGCGAAUGCUCCACACAUCAGUUGACGCGUGCAAACCCUUCGACCCCCUCGUGACUAACACUACUUCGUACCAUCGCUAUGUCGCACGCCUCGCUGAUACGCCGUGCUUCGACAACCUUCCUUCGAUUGGGCUCAAAGUCGCAGUCUCCCCCCGCGCCCACCGGAUCGCGCUCGCCGCGUGGCGGACGCUGAAAAUCUACGCGCUCAACCCUCAGGUCUUCCUCUCCCAGGAUCAGGGGUUGUACGGACCCGAACAGUCUGACGACGGCAAUGCGUUUACGUAUUGCGACCCUUGCCCCACGUCCGCUUGGCGAUCGGGAUACUACAACAACUGGACGCGCGAGGAGGAGCACGUGCUGCUGGAGCCGGUGACGAUGCCGAGCACGGGUGUCGUACACGCGCUGCGGUGGGUGAGCGAGGAUGAGGUUUGGGCGGUGACGGAUGAGGGCGUUUGUCGGUGGAACGUGGGUGUGUGGGCCACGGGGGAAAGGACAGAGGAUUACCUCGCGCAUUGCAGUGGUGAUCUUGGGCUCAAGAGGGUGAAGAAAGGGAGUGUUGGUCCGUGAGAAUUCCCGCGAUGCAGGUCAGGGCGCACAUCUAGUAUCGCUCCGACAUAAGAACACUCUAGACACAUCUGCAUCGCCUUCUCGGACGAAAGACGAGAAGCCCAAAUGCAAGCGAGUAGUGCACCAGCACCGGAGCGAGCCGUGGACGUGACCAGCAGGUGCAGUGUCGCGGGAUGAAAAGGA